ACAAAGGGAAUUGCACCUGUAUGGAAGAGUGUGGAGAGUACAAAGGCAGAUUGCAACCUGGAUAUAAAUCAGUAAACAUGAGAAACAUCAAGAAGGAAGAGGCUGAGGAAGAUUUUAUGUUUCAUUUUGAACACAAAGAUCCAGGAAAACAAACACCCAGAAAAUGUAUUUUCAAAAUCGAUCCUGUGGUUUGUCCUGGCCCACCAACAGAAACCCCAGAAGUCACAAGAAGGUCUCCAGAAGAAAAUAAAGGCACUGGAAAAGCAAAUAACGACACACCAGGCACACCAACCGGAACCCUAGAGGUAGUCAAAGGAGGGUCUCUAAAUGAAAAUGCAAGCAACGUUAUAAAACAGCCACCUACUACCCUGCAUAACGUCACACCAGGAACCUUAAAAGUAACAAAAACAGUUUUAUUUCUGCGCUUGGUAUUAGCCAUUUUGACUUUCCCUGGGUAGUGCGUGUGGAGGGUGAAUUUACGCCGGUGAUGUUUCCAACAAAGUCAACCGUUGAACAGAUCUGAGCAAACGGUCUGUCUUACUAAGAAACGAGGUGUGGUUUAAGAAUACCCACUACAGAUCAAGGGUCCACAAACGAACCUUUGCAUCAUCCGGGAAAUGGAGCUCAUGCAAUGACCAGGAUAUUGUACAUCUUUUGGUGGAACUACAGCUACAAAUGUUUCGUUAUUGCUUCGUGCACGAUUCUAUGAAUAAAAGUGUUGUGCAGCUA